UAAGAGUCAGACUUUGUUUUGCGAUCCACGUAUGUGCUUUAAAAUGUAGAGAAGUCUGUUUCAGUGUCUGCAGCAUGUUCUUUAUGAAACUUAAGUGUGGGAGGGCAGCACAAAGAGAGCUGAGGUCAGACAUUCUUCAGACUUGAACUCUGACAGUUAUCUGAGAUAUUCACAAUCAGCUGGAGAGGCUUCCUACAAAACAAAACAAAGCUGCAGACUGUUGUUUCAUAUCGAAAUCAAAACACCGUGACAGACAACGCAAACCACAAACAAUAACAAAGACGAAAAACCUCUUCAAUGUGAGGAAGCACAUACCAACACAAAGAUAACAAGACGGACUGUGUAGCUCUGUGAGUUUUUUUCCGUAUCUCCCCGUGGGACCUGCAUCUGAGAGUCAGCAUGGAGGUGAACGAGGAAGUGAUGCAUAUUCUUCAGAAAGUGUGGACCAAACUGCAGAAUCUCCCACAAGCCACUCCUCUGGAGCUGGGAGCCUUCUCUGUGCUCAUCCUGUUUGUUGCCACGUUUCUCUUCUUGGUCGUGCUGUCCUGCGUCCACUGCUGCUGCUGUGGGAAGCCAAAAUACACAACCUCCAGAGUGCAGCCCGUCUGAAGACGAAGCAUAAACAACCUCCAUCCUUUCUUCCAUCCUUCAUGUCAUCAUCAAAUGAGAUUCAUCAAGAGAAGGACAGGGACAACAUUUGAUGAUUUGUCCAGCAUUGGGAUAAAGACUGGCAGAGCUGGAAUCCAUAUCAGGACAAUGAAAUGCUGUGUGGCAGUCGUUUGCAACAACAGAAGCCUCACUGUGGAGCAGGCGAUGAGAAGCUCCAGUAAGAAAGCUGAUGUGUGUUUGUCACAGUGACUCCGUUAUUGCAAAUGAACUGGUUUAGAAUUCUGUUGAUUUUAAAGGGAAUGUGAAAAACAGAAUGGAAAAUGUUCAACUUGUGAAUCGUGUGCUUGUAGUUCCAGCAGAAAGUUGCUGGUGUAAACAAACAGAGCGCCCCCUGUUGGCCCACUGAAGAUUAUUAAAUUGGAAAUAUGAGCUUUUCAUUGUAUUCUCUUUAUAUUGUAACAGAAGUGUUUUUUUGUCUGUUUUUACGAUGCAAUAUUGCAUUUUUGGAUGUAACUGAAAUGUCAUAAAUGUUCUAUAUAUAUAUAAAAACAGAUGUAAUACUGA